GGGCAGUGGGUGACCUGCUGGCCUCGGGCGGACGUCAGCCCGGCUUCGCCCUUGCCUCGGCUUCUCCGCGGUCUACUGUGAGACUCCGCUUGGCCCGGGCCCCGAGGGCCGCCCGCCCCGCACCCCUUCGGCCUGCCGUGCCUCAGGCCGCGCCCUGCCUCCGCCGUCGGCCAGAACUCGCCGCGUCGGACCUUGCCGCUUGCCACAGGUUGAGGCCCCAGCCUUGGCCUCACCACAAUGUGGCACGAGGCUCGGAAACAUGAGCGGAAACUUCGAGGCAUGAUGGUCGACUACAAGAAGAGGGCAGAGCGGCGCAGGGAGUACUAUGAAAAGAUCAAGAAGGACCCAGCCCAGUUCCUGCAGGUGCAUGGUCGAGCUUGCAAGGUGCACCUGGAUUCUGCAGUUGCCCUGGCCGCGGAGAGCCCCGUUAACAUGAUGCCCUGGCAGGGGGACACCAACAACAUGAUUGACCGCUUUGACGUCCGUGCCCACCUGGACCACAUCCCCGACUACACACCCCCGCUGCUCACCACCAUCUCCCCAGAACAGGAGUCGGACGAACGGAAAUGUAACUACGAGCGCUACCGAGGCCUGGUGCAGAACGACUUUGCCGGCAUCUCCGAGGAGCAGUGCCUGUACCAGAUCUACAUUGACGAGCUGUACGGAGGCCUCCAGAGACCCAGUGAGGAUGAGAAGAAGAAGCUGGCAGAGAAGAAGGCAUCCAUUGGCUACACCUACGAGGACAGCACGGUGGCCGAGGUGGAGAAGGUGACAGAGAAGCCGGAGGAGGAGGAGUCCCCGGCCGAGGAGGAGAGCAACUCGGAUGAAGAUGAGGUCAUCCCCGACAUCGACGUGGAGGUGGAUGUGGAUGAACUGAACCAGGAGCAGGUGGCCGAUCUCAACAAACAGGCCACGACGUAUGGCAUGGCCGACGGCGACUUUGUCAGGAUGCUCCGGAAAGACAAGGAGGAGGCGGAGGCCAUCAAACACGCCAAGGCCCUGGAGGAGGAGAAGGCCAUGUACUCGGGCCGUCGCUCCCGGCGCCAGAGGAGGGAGUUCCGGGAGAAGCGGCUGAGGGGCCGCAAGAUCAGCCCCCCCAGCUACGCCCGCCGAGACAGCCCCACCUAUGACCCCUAUAAGCGGUCGCCCUCGGAGUCCAGCUCCGAAUCCCGCUCCCGUUCCCGCUCCCCGACCCCUGGCCGGGAGGAGAAGAUCACGUUCAUCACCAGUUUUGGGGGCAGCGAUGAGGAGGCGGCCGCAGCCGCAGCUGCAGCAGCUGCAUCAGGGGCUGCCACAGGGAAGCCCCCGGCGCCUCCCCAGCCUGGCGGCCCCGCACCGGGACGUAAUGCCAGCGCCCGCCGCCGCUCCUCCACCUCCUCCUCCUCCUCCUCCUCCGCCUCGAGGACCUCCAGCUCCCGCUCCCGCUCCAGCUCCAGCUCCCGCUCCCGCCGUGGCGGGGGCUACUACCGCUCCGGCCGCCAUGCCCGCUCCCGCUCCCGGUCCUGGUCGCGCUCCCGGUCCCGCUCCCGGCGAUAUUCUCGCUCCCGCAGCCGCGGCCGGCGGCACUCAGGUGGGGGCUCCCGAGACGGACACCGCUACUCCCGUUCGCCGGCCCGGCGCGGCGGUUACGGGCCCCGGCGCAGAAGCAGGAGCCGCUCCCGCUCUGGGGACCGGUACCGGCGGGGCGGCCGGGGGCCCCGGCACCACAGCAGCAGCCGCAGCAGCUGGUCCCUCAGCCCGUCCCGGAGCCGCAGCCUGACUCGCAGCCGCAGCCCCAGCCCGAGCCGCAGCCGCAGCAGCCCGAGCCGCAGCCGCAGCCAGAGCCACUCGCCGUCGCCGCCGAGGGAGAAGCUGAGCAGGCCGGCAGCGUCCCCCGCUGUGGGCGAGAAGCUGAAAAAGACCGAACCUGCCGCUGGUAAAGAGACAGGAGCUGCCAAACCCAAGCUGACGCCGCAGGAGAAGCUUAAGCUGAGGAUGCAGAAGGCACUCAACAGGCAGUUCAAGGCGGACAAGAAGGCGGCGCAGGAGAAGAUGAUCCAGCAGGAGCAUGAGCGCCAGGAGCGGGAAGACGAGCUUCGUGCCAUGGCCCGCAAGAUCCGCAUGAAGGAACGGGAGCGCCGAGAGAAGGAGAGAGAGGAAUGGGAACGCCAGUACAGCCGGCAGAGCCGCUCGCCCUCCCCCCGCUACAGUCGAGAAUACAGUUCUUCUCGAAGACGGUCGAGGUCCAGAUCCCGAAGCCCUCACUACCGACAUUAGGCCGAAGCAUAGGGGGGCAGAGAGGAGGUGGGGGGACAAGGGCUCAAGCUGUGAUGCUGCUGGUUUUAUCUCUAAUAAAGUCACACGUUAUUUAAUUCCC